AUGUAUCUUGGGCACAGAGUGCCCGAAUGGCGGCAGACCAGGCCCGGAUCCGGAUCCACACUGCAGGAACGGGCAUCCUAUUCGCCAAGGGUUGGCAAAGGAGGCAAAGGCGCGCCCAAAACAGCUGCUGAAGCACAGUCUCGAGGCGUGGCACUAAGCCUUCACGCGCCCGCCGUGCGGAAAGACACGACGAGCUUCAGGACGUUAGGCAGCCGCGUCACUAUCAAAAACUGCUGGGCCACAAGCUCUGGCGCUGGCAUUCACAUCCUCAAGGGCGGCUUCGACAGCAACGACACCGAGAUGCUUUUCGAACAUUGCCGCAGUGGAUCGAAGGGAGGCGCCAUCUUCGCAGAGGAUACCAUCUUGAGGCAGCGGGGCGGUGUCAUGACCUUCCGCUACAGCAAGGCGGUGUGGGGUGGCAGCAUCUACGUUCGCAGAUUGAUCCAGGAGAAAGGUACUAUGAACUUUUUGAACUCCACAUCCCGCAAGAACGGCGGUGCUAUUUCGACAGCCAAGGGCGUCCACCAGGAGGGUGGCCUGCUAUCUUUUGAGCACUGCGAGUCGCAAAAGUUGGGCGGCGCCAUCAUGGUGUCCCCGCAAGCCAGGGAAGAGAGCAUCCGGUCUCGCGGUGUCAUCCGCUGCGCGGAUACCUAUGCAUUGAUGGGUGGGUGCCUGGCCACCAUCGGCCGCGGUGUGGUUGCCUUGGACACCUUUGAGCUCAACCACUCAGCCAGCCAGGUGCUUGGGAACUUGGCCUACGUGCGAGGUGCCUUCAGUGCGAACGCCGUACACAUCGCUGAUGAGUCGGUGCGGAUCGACGCGGCCAUUGUGGGGCUGAACACGUCCAACGUGAGCUUCCUAAACUGUUCGAAGACUCCAUCUUGCCACCUGAGAGCCGUGAUCCUGGCGCUGGGCCCUGCGGUGUGCUCGCCUGGGAGCGGAAUUGGCGCCAAAUUGGCGGGCGGCGAAGAAUUUCGUGGUUGUUUCCGCUGCGAAGAUGGAAAGGCGCAGCUGAAAGAAGCUUUGAAUCCGCGGUGUCAGACCUGCCCUUACGAGGCCGACAAGUGCGAGCCAAAUCUCAUGCAGCUUGAGCCUGGGGUGAUGGCCAAGUCGGACAACUUUACCCGGGUUCUGCAUUGCCCAAACGCCAAAGCCUGCCCCGGCGGAUCGGCGCCCCUGAGCGAUGCUUUACCUAUGUGCGCUGAGGGCCAUGACGGCGACGGCUGUGCCAACUGCAGCACAGGAUUUGGUCGAUCGGAUUCUUCCGUCUUGGUGUGCGUGAAGUGUGCGGCUGGCUGGAAGGCAGAAGGAUUGCAGCUGGUUUACUUUGUCCUGAGUGAUGUGCUUCUGUUGGCUGUGGCGACCUCUUCCGUUCUUGGGGCAUCAGCUACUUCUCAAGACAGCAGCGUCCUGCUUAACCAGCUCAUGUCCUUCGCAACGGUCGCGCAGACGGUGUUGAGUGCCAUCUCGCAAACAGCCGCCUACAACCAGCUCUCCAGCCGUCUAAAGCUUUGGCUCGAAGUCUCUGGUGUCGUCAGCGCCAUUGCGCAGGGCGAGAGUUCUUGGAGCAUGUCGAGAGAAUGUCUUCUGGUCUCCUUGGGGCUGCCCAAGACCCUGUGGCAUGCCCACCUGGUCAGCGCUCUUCUACAGGGGGUGCUUCUUGCACUUCUCAUUUGUCUGCAGGGUUUCUGGUUCGCCUUCGUGGUUUGGACGAACUGCUUUGCGCCAUCGAUUGCAGCCUCUUUUGGGAGGUACCUGGUAGGAUAUCGCUUGGAGCCGGAGAGCAUCGGUGGAAAGAUGCACUGGCCCUUCCUGCCGCCGGUAGACAACUCCUACGAGUUCGUCUUUGGGAUGCUCGUCCUGUGCCUUGUCGCUACCACGGGAGGAUGGUGGAUGGCAGCCAACUCCAAGCUUUCUCCGGAUCCCGACUACGUCGUGUUCUUGGUCAGGAACUACAAGCCUGCGUACCGAAACUGGGAAACGGAGCGCCUGAUGCGGAAGAUGCUGCUGCGCCUGGUCGCUGCAGCCUUGCCCAUUGCCUACUCGCCGGCGCUUCAGAUGUGGUGCGUUUGCCUCAUUCUCUCAGCUUCGUUGCUGUCAUACAGCAUCCAACGACCUUACCGCCUGGAGCUGUUCAACCAGGUCGAAACGCUCCUGUUGUGUGUCGCCCUCGUCCUGGCAUUCUCAGCAAGUGCCGUUCUGGCCAAUGAGAAGCACUGGGGCAGCUCUCGCAACACACAAGUGCUGGUGCUCUUGUCCAUGUCAGUGUUGGCCACGGUGACUACAGUCACCUUGUCAGCCUUGGUGGCAAGGCGGCUGUACAAGGAGCGUAUCCGGAAAUUCUUCACAGAUGCAGAUGACUCUUGA